CCUGUCCUAUGCCUGAAACUAUUCGGCAAACGCCAUCCCCUGGCGAAACCGCACGACGAAUGCCAUCCCCUGGACCGACGCCGAGUACUGGCGCGAUCCGGAGAACAACAACCCCUGGCGGAAUCAGCUCCGAGACUCCAUCUGGAGUCCAACGGAGGAUAAGUCGAUCCCGCCGCCGCACCCAGGCGACUGUCGUGAAUUUCGGUGAAGAGUACCCGCACCUGAGGAAUUUGGCUCCGAGGACUACAACGGCUAUGACGACCGUUACCACCCACAACCGAGGUGUGUCAACUAUGGCCCCGGCUCGCUCUACAAAUACUAGUACUUCAAUAGAAGCCUUUGCUAGUAUGCUUCCCUCGACCACAACAAGCACCACCCGACGUCCUGUCCCGCGUAUUCCCCCGCCUCCACGUACUAACUCAGGGAUCAAGAGCAAUCGGCACCCACCGCCAAAUACUGAAGAACGUGGAUCAAACGUGCAACAGGUCUCGGGAGUAAUUUAUAGCCACACCGGCACCUUAGUAGAACAAACAACUGGGUUUCAUCAGAGGUCAUCAGUUGCACCGAUGUCCAACCCGGAGCCACUUUUUGACGUACCAAUGCUGCAGUCGCCGGAGGCGAGCGCACUACAUCGACGCAGGCGUGGAGCUGUCGAUUAUGGAACAUUUGAAGUUAACGACAAUGGACCGACGUCGAGCCGUGGUGAUGGGUUUCUGUCGAUGUUCCGGGGCCGUGAUCGCCGUGAAGAACGCACUUUGACUGACGAAGACAUAACGCCGUCUGAGACAUCCUUCGCGACGCUGCCUUCCACGACAGCACCAACAUCUUCGGCGACAGCACCAACAGCUUCGGCUGCAGCGCAAAUGAUGACAACCGAAAAUGAUACCCAUGACCAUUCCACUGGUUAUUUGCGGAAUAGGCAUCGAUGCCAGAGCUGUUAUAUGCGCUACGUACAGGAAACCGGGAGGGUGGCGGGGCCAAAUUCACCGAACCCCCUUUUCGCCCAUUCGUCUGAAAGCGAUCCAACAAAUCGCGACGCUACAAAUGUUACUGUCGUGAAUAUAAUAGGAGCGUAUGACAGACACUUGCGGCUAAUCGCCUCCCGGAAUCUGUGUAAUUUUCAGACGGAUGCUAUGCCCAGGACCACAAACAGACAAGGAAUGUAUCCGUCGGUGCACCGAAGUGAGUGAAUAAUAAAACUACAGAUGUAAUUAUUUUUUUCAUAGUUGGAUGAAAA